AAUUGUCUCAGAAUACCACUCUCUACAUCAUACUAAAAGUUAAUUCAAACGUGAACAACCCCUUUAAUAAUACAAGGAGAAGAACUGGCAUACUAAUACAGGCUCAAUAUAAAAAGAAAGAUGAUACAUAUAAACCUGAUACAGGGAGAAAUCUGGCAUUUUAGUACAGUUACUACUGGUGGGUAACUAAGAUCUUCCAUUGGUUUAGAAAAUAUUCUGGCACUGGUUAUUUUAGAGUUGCAUUUGGCCUCUCACCUGCCACUUUCUAUCAUGUCCUGCCCCCUUCUUCCAAAUGAUACAGACAUAGGGACUGACAACAUAGACUGUUAUGUGAAGCUCUGACUAUUAGAGCAGCCGUCUCUUUGCUCUGCAGGCUGACGGAGGAAGCCAGAACCUAUAAUCGGCAGGAAACAAGAACCAGGCUCUGCGUUGUUUGCAGAAGAGAAAGCUAGUGGAGCGUCGCAUUACGGAGCUGCAGAACAAGCAGGACAACAUACAGGGAAUCUUGGAGAGGAUAUCGGCUGCCAAAACAGACCGCAAGGUUGUCUCUGCGUACCAGAUGGGAGUCUCUGCUCUUAAACAGGCCCUAAAAGAUGUCACUUUGGAGAAGGCAGAAAGUAUUGUGGAUCAGAUUCAAGAGUAUUGUGAUCUCCAGGAUGACCUCAGUCAGACACUGUCCUCAGUCACCGACGCAGAUGUUGACUCUGAUGAUUUGGAGAGAGAACUCAAUGACAUUCUCCAAAAUGAAGAGAUGAUUAUUGACCUUCCUGAUGUUCCUUCAGGCCCAGUGAUCAUUUCUCCCCAGCGCCCUACAGAAUGGAAGAUGGACCAGGCUGCUCAUUCUCCAGCAGAUGGAUCAUUCUUGAGAAGUAGAAAUCAUGCAGAACAUUGCCAAAGUGGAACUGUUAGUUCAUGAGUAUUAGAAGAGGCAUAAGAAAAGGAAGUAAAGGGGAAUUAGAGAUCCUGUGAUAAAGGGCAACGGCUGCAGUCAUCCUACCCAAGGUACAAAGCAGAACUAGCAAACAAAUUAUGCUGGACAGUGGGCGCUGGAUCAGAAGUAGAAAUCAUGCAGAACAUUGCCAAAGUGGAACUGUUAGUUCAUGAGUAUUAGAAGAGGCAUAAGAAAAGGAAGUAAAGGGGAAAUGGAGAUCCUG